AUGUCAGCUUUGUGUCCUGUCUGCACUCUUUCGCUUCCUCUCUCCCAAAUCGAAAGCCAUGUGAAUUGCCACUUCGACGACGAUGUAAUCGAUCCACAACUCGCAACCGAUCAUUACUUGGCUCUUCAACUAGCCUCUUCUUCCGAUCCUUCUCCGUCGACGUCAUCAUCUAACUCCGACGAUUCCUCGAAAGCUCCGACCUUGGCGAGCUCGCAGACCAAGAGCACAUUCUACAGUGUAGGAAACGGCGGUUUGAUCAGUUUGCUGAAGAAUUGUCUGGAAUCCGAAUCAAAAUCGAAAUCGAAACCUUCAGAUUGCAGCACAACUUUACUAUCAGGGUUCGUUGAUCAUUUCCAAUCCUCAAAGGAGGAUAAAGGUUGGGGUUGCGGAUGGAGGAACAUUCAAAUGCAAUGCUCUCACUUGCUUUCUCAUAGAGAAGAAGCUAAAAGAGUUCUCUUUGGUGGCUCUAACUUCGUCCCUGACAUUCCCUCGCUUCAGCGGUUUCUAGAGAUUGCUUGGAGCAAUGGUUUUGAUGUCUCUGGAGCUCUCCAUUUCAAUAGUCAGAUCUCUGGUUCCAAGAGAUGGAUUGGAACCACUGAAUGUGCUGCGCUGUUGCGUUCUUUCGGGUUAAAAGCUAGAGUUGUUGAUUUUGCUCCAAAGAAGGCUCAGUCAAUGUAUCUUUCAGUUCCUGGCUCUGCUAUUGCUCCCAAGGCAAAGACAUAUGGUCCCAUGGACAGAUAUGUGGUUAAAAAGGGAGAAAGUGGGAAGGAGAAAACAGUUGAUUCUCAUGGUUCUGGUUCUAAUGCUUCUAAGAUCAGCAAAGGAGCGGUUUUGAUGGAAUGGGUUUGGAAUUACUUCUCAGGAAACAGGUUAAACGUUUCCUCUGGUGUUCAUAUGACGAGCAAAGGGCCCUUGUAUUUCCAACAUGAAGGGCACUCAAGAACUAUUGUUGGGAUUCAGAGACGGUUGCAAGGAACUACAUUUACUCCUCAGUACAGUCUCCUGAUUUUGGACCCGAGUGAUUUUACUAAAGCUAUUGAGAAAGCGCUUGUAGAGAAGAGAGGGUGGGAGAAGCAUCUGAAAAGAGGAGCUCACACACUGACCUGUCCAGAGUAUCAGAUAUUGUACGUUGAUGAUGGGAUUGCUGAUGGAGAGGAGUUGGAGCAGCUCAAGACCAUUGAUAGUCACUUUGUCGAAUUCUAA